AUGUCUCAAAAGCCGUUGCAUUACGCCUUUGUGUCGUCCUCGGAACCUCUCCCGCUGCCUCCCGACGAUGAUGAUCGCAAGGACGAAGACCGUAGCGCUCAAGACUCUCUGCUGUCUCUGUAUCAAUCCUAUGCGGAGCGAUUUCCCAAUCCUCGUUUGAUUGAAGAAUAUCAAGAACGCGAUCAACUGCUACAAGCCACUUCAGCAGCCCAUGCCGUGGCUCGUCGCAGUAGUAGUCAGCAACAGCAGCAGCAGCAGCAACAAUCCCAGGGUUGGUUUGGAUUCUUAUUUGGCAGCAGCAGUAGCAGCAGUAACUCCAGUACUCCCAAUCCCAACAGUUUGCGUCCUCCAACUGACGAAGAAAACGAAUGGUUAGAGUACACGGAAAAUGAGGAGCAGCAAGAAGACGCUCUAUUAUGUGGAACCCAUCAUCAUUCUUUGGAUCGCUCUUGUAUUCCUCCCGAUGCCCACAGCAUGGCCCGUCUGUUGCUGGCAUCGCAGCGGACACAAGGGGAACGACCCUUGAUGGUACGAACCUCGCCACAAUUGCCAAACACCAGUACCAUGUGCAUUGUGGGACUAGGAGUCAUUGCCGAAUACAAUAAUUCAGAACAGCCAACAACUGAAACUGAAAAUGAUCCUGAUUUCUUGAUGAAUGCCCAUUGUUCCAUUACGUCCGAUCGCGACGAUUUAUUACGCUAUGCCGGUCCUCGAGGUGGUUUUGAUUUGUCGCUCACAAGAGCCGUGUCGCUGGGUCCCAAUUUUCUGUUGGUUUCCUGGGGAUUCCAAGAUGGCGUUGUGGUCUUUUAUAGACGCAUCUUUGUGGACGAACAGUCACCCAUUGCUUGGGAAGCCGUCGUCUUUUUGGGACCCAGUCAAGCCGUAUUGGAACAUUCCUUUGAUUUAUUUGCCGACGAAGACGGAGAAGAAGGUUCGACGGAUCUAUUGCGAGUCACUGAUAUGGUGCCCUUGUGUUUGUGGACGCCGGGAAUUCCUGCCGCCGGAGUCGUAGUGUCGCGAUUGGGAGGAUACAUGGAAGUACUGCCUUUGCCGCCCAGUUUGUGGCAUGGAGCUAUUUUACCACCCGAACGACACAAUCCACGCAAGCGACAACCAUCCCCUCAUUAUGCCAAGGGAAUCAUGGUCAAUGUCGCAUCCGAAAACGUCCCCAUUCCCAUUAUUGCUCUGACUACUUUCGAAUAUCAUGCCGACGUCAUUUCUGUGGAGGCCAUUCGAACUCGAGUCCCUCUCGAUGCUGUCUGGGAUCAGGAAUUCUACGGAAAGGCACCACCACCCGCCCACUUCAUUCUCGUUGCUUCGGGUACGCAGUUGGGACACGAAGUUCUCACAUUUUGGGCCAUCUCCUUUGUCUUUCCGGGAAACGACCAAGAACCGCCGCAUCCCGAUAGUGCCGGGUUCACCAUGAGAGCUUUGUUGCAAGAAGCACUGGAUGUCGAAGCCAUGGGAGCCGAUUUGAGCGUCUUUUGCAAUCGGGCCAUUCUCAAUCAAUGGAGACAUCCCCGAAAGGUGGCACUCAAAGAACGACCGCCGCCGCCAGCACCAAUGGAUGGAAGUGAAACGGGUGAGGAUGCUGACGAAACAACGACAACCAUGCCAGACGUUCUCGUGGAGGAUGAUGUGCCGAAAUCGGUCUAUGAUCGUGUCACUACCAUUACCACAUCGGCGCCGAUUGUGGCCAUGCAAGCCAUCGUCGUGACAAACCAUGACGAUGGAACUCCCGCUGCUGUCAUGUUGUCAUUGUUGGAUUGGAAUGGGAGUGUCACUAUUAUGGAUUGUUCCCUCCUGGAACGAAUGGUUUCCCAUUCUCUCUCGGAAGAAGAAUAUCGGGCCAUUCACGAUGCCGACAUGGCCGCGGCGGUGGGAGACGAAGCGCCUCCUCUUCAAAUUGCAUUGGUCAAAACGGUGAUGGAUCGAUCCAAAAUGAUGCAAUCUCUCUGUAGAGGAAAUGCCGGUGCCAUAGCAGUACCCCAUUGUGUCAACGCUCAAUGGCUGGCUCGGGCCGAUGAUCCUUUGAAUCCGUGGUUGUUCUUAUUAACAUCCAACGACAACAACAACAACAACAACAAGCAGAAGUGUCAGGUCAAGAUAUUAUCUGGAUUCUUGCAGCUAGACGUCAACAAUCCCCGACCUUCCAUCCAAUCGGUGCCAUUUCCAUUCGCCAAGGCCGCUCUGCAAGGAACACCCAUUCUAGCACAAGAAGAUGGCAUGGCGACUCCAUUGCGAAUACUCUUUCCGGUGUCUAAGCAACGGCACUCCAAACUGUGCAUGUGCUUCCUGCAACCUUUGCGGCCUCAUGAUAUCAUUAUGCAAUUGACACGCGAUGCCAAGUAUGAACAAGCCAUUGAGGCCUCCCAGCAAGUCAGUGAUGAAGAACGGAAGCUCGUAACCACCGUGUUGGAGGAAUGCCGGCAAAAACUGUGGGAGCAAACCUGGGAUAUGAAGUGGUUGAAACAAGUGACAAGCGACUCGUACAUUAUACAGCAAGCCUUUUCGCUGUUUGAUUCUGCUUCGGCAAGACCAGAGGAUGGAGAAGAGCACAAGUUUGAAAACGGAGGCGUUAGAAACAACAGCGAAAACAAUGAUCUUCGUUGGGAAGUCGAUUUGGAAAUCUGUCGAGAGAUUUGUACCCUGGCGUUGGGACGAACGGGCAAGAUUCGCUUGGCGUCAGCGUUGGCUCUUGGUCAAGGGGGUGAUGAUGCCAAGGAAAAGUUGCAGGGCAUUCUUGUUCGUUUGGGUACCUAUCAACUCCUGUGCCAAGCCAUCAACGCCGAAGCCUCAUUUGCCAAAUUUCGAGACUACUUUGUACCAGUGUCCAUGGUGGAUCUUGCCAAGUCGUUUGCUUCCGUGGCAGAUCUUGCCGCGUUGUCGAUUCUCUUCUUUCGACACAGACACGAAUUGAAGCCCAACUUUCUUGAAAUCCUCGGAUUGCUUCCUUUGACCACCAGCCCAGGAGACUACUGCUAUCUUCUUCCUGUCCUCGAAAAGACACAACAACGGGAAGAUCCUGAUCGAACAGAUUUGUUCAUUAAAGAGAUUGCACCAGCAGAAAGCGAGACUAUGUUGCAUGUUUCUCAGCUGCCGUCGUAUCUCAAGGAAGCCAUGGAUUUCAAAAUAGUUCUAAGCGGCAACGACGAGAAGAUGGUGUUGGAGUGCAACAGCGCGGCUGCGAGCAACAACAAUGAAUGUGGCUUCGAAGUUCCAAGUUUGCUGGCCUUCUUCGAAUCUAGGGUGAUGGACAUGCAGCUCUUUGUGGGUAACCUAGAACAUGUUGCCAGUUUCUGUGCAGCAGCCCUGCUGUCGAUUGGAGCAUCGCAGAACAAUGAUGGUUGGGUGGAGAAUGGGGUUUCUAGUGAGUCGCUUGUGUGCACCUGGGGAAGUGCCCUAGCACUGGAACGGAUGCUAGAGGAAUCCCUGGGAGAGGCACCUCCACCAAUGGGCGAAGAAAAUGGAGUUAUUGAUCUCUCCCCCUUUGCGACGGUGACGCCACUGGAUCUCUGGUCGAUGGACCUUGUCGACGUGGUCGGGAUGGUUCUAGGGGGACAAGAUGACACAGCAACCAUCUACCAAAUUCACAAGCAGCAUCUUGCUCCUCUAAUGAAAUAUCUGCCUGGUGGGACCAACAAAAACUUGGAUCGUGCCAUUUCUGAUUAUUGCAUCAAGGUGGUCAAAACGAGUACUGGUGGUGAGUCCGCAUCCAGCUCUAGCUCUGACUUGCCAAAUGAGGAACACAAAUCAUCAGAUAUCAAUCAAGUAAGGGAGACUUUUGUAGAGGCGCUACGAAUAUGUGCAGCUGUUGCAUUCGGCAGCCGACCGUCAAUCACGAAGUCCGGGCGCAUCAUCCAAGACAAGUCAAUUGCCAUUGAAUUGGUUCAUCAGACAAUCGAAGAAGCUGCAGCAAGGUGUCAGACAGCAUCGAUACCAACGAAAGCUUGUGCAGAAGUUGUAGAUUUGAUGUGGAAACUUUAUGAAUCAUUGCCUGUGGGCUCCACAGAGGAAAGGAAGGCUUCCUCCGCCCUCUCGAAGAAAUCGGAUCAACUGUACCAACAUCUAGUCGGGGUUGCAAUUCUAUCGCAGUGGCCAGGUUGCCAUGAAGAGGCAUUUGCAUUCCUUGCCGAUAGAAUUCAACUCUCAAAGGAGUACGAAAUCAAAGGGAAUUCUGAGAUUGAGAACAUGUUGCACAUCGGUGGAAAAGCUAUGAUGAGUUUGUGCCGCUCUUAUUGUUCGCAAGUCAAAGCUUCCAAGGGAUCCAACGGUCUGCCAGACCUUCUCCAACUUGUGAUCUCUGAUCUGGAACAGUUCCACGCCAUUUGUUACGAAGGAGCUGAAUCGUUCCUUCCAACGAUCGUCCACACCAUAUCAAGCGACCUCAUUGCUCCGUUGUCUCGAAAGGGCGAUUUCAACCUUGUGGCUCAGAUUCUAUCCUCAGUGGACAAAUCAUGGUGGGACCAGGAGCGAGAAGCAAGGAUAGUUGGAGCGUAUGUGGACUCAAUCGUCUUUGCAGAUUCUGACAGCGAUCGUGCUGGAUCACAUUUACAUAGUGACAGUGCUCUUCAAGCGGCGAUUGCCUGUCAAGACGCCUUGGGUCCUUUGUUUCCCGACUUGCAAGAAGGCUUCCAACUGUCCAGGCGAUACCUUGACGCAGCAAACUUUAUCAGUACAGAGAUCUUUGCCGAGCUGAAGGUACGGCGAACAGUGGGACCAAACGAUCUUCGAGACGAUCCUCCCGUCGACGUGGUAGAAUCCAUUUUGAAAGCACUCCCAAAAGCAAUCAUCAUCAAGUGUCAUGCGUGGGGCGACGAGUCCUUGGCUGUCCACGCCAACAAGGCGCUACGAAACUCCCAGCAAAAUCAAGCACUACACCAGUCAGAAGAAGUCUCAACGGAGUUACCGCCAAUUCCAGGUGGGGCAAUCUUCCAUCUUGCCAGUAUCCUCGGUUUAGAGAACACCGCAUCAGUCCUCGUCGUGAAGUCGAGAGUCGUACAUCAUGGUGUUGCAGCAGGGUUGUUCGGAGCUUCCGCGGCUGUGUGCAGAACUAUGCUUCAUGACAAGAAUGCUUUUUCCAGUGAAGUCGAUGCAGUGGCCCGAAUCAGCGCUGUCGCAGAAGUGGUGUCCAGACAAGAGUAUGGAGACCUGGCUACCAAGGAAGAGCUUUGCUCAGAGGCAAUGAAGAAGUUCCAAGCAUCAACGACAAUUUACAACUGUCAGCCGCUUGAUGACAUCCUUCGAGUUUACACUGCCCUCGAACCGCGAAUCAACCAGUCAAAGCAAAACGAAAGCAGUCCUCCAAUUUUGAAUCUGCAACCACCGUCGGACUCUAUCGGCAAUCUCUACCAUGAUAGCUGGUCCCAGUACUCUAUCAAUAUCUAUGAUCUGUUGUGGACACUGCGUGUUCAAGCGCAAGGUUGCUCCAUUGAUGACACGCUGUUGAAUGCCAUUUGUAGAUACGUGUUCUUCUGUUGCAUUUUCAGAAGCACUCGGCCAAGAACUACGCAGGCAGGAACGAUCGAAAAGGCCACGGCAAAUCAGCUCCUCAUUUUUGGUGCGGCUUUGUUGCUCCAAACUUAUGAUUGGAAGGCCGUUUCGGGUCCUGCGAUCAAGGAACUUCGUGAGAUAGUCGAAAAGCAGACGAUUGCUAUCAUCAACCAGCACCCUAAAGCAUUCCAAGAACCGUUUAUGCUUCCAAAUAUUGCAAUUGUACGGCAGCUUGUAAGCAAAGGGUUCCCCCCCAUGGCAGCAUGUCGUUCUGCGUUAGCAACGAACAACGCAGGAUUCCAACAAGCCCUAAAUUGGGGUAUUGCCAACGCCAAGAAUCCAGGAAUGAAUGAUCCUGUUCUCAUUCUGGCUUCGACUCAGGGUGUUUUUGUUGAAAAGUCUCUUAUCCAGCAAGUUGUAGACACCUUCGCCUUUGUUCAGAAAUUCCUCUCGGGUUCAAAUGAUCUCUCCGAAUGGAUGGCUGACAAUAUGUUGUCGACGAAAGUUGCUUUUGCGCCGGAAGAUAUCCGAAACACUGUUGACCUUCCAAAUGCAUCCAAGGAAGUCGCUAAGGAAUCAAGGAUUACGAAUGGAAAACCAGACCAACGAAAGGUAUCCACAGGCAACAAUGCAAAUGAUCAUGACAAGCAUGAAGCGGACAAGAAAGCUAGGGAGGCUGAAAAACUACGAGAGGAGCAAGAGGCAAGGCGAACGGUAGCUGAAGAGAAGGAAAGACAAGAAGCCGCUGAAAAGCGACGGAAGGAGGAGGAAGCAAGACGAAUGGCAGCUGAAGAGGCGAAAAAGCAAGAAGAGGUAGCCAAGAAAGAGGCAGAGGACAGAGCCAGACAGGAGGCCGCUGCAAAGCAAGCUGCUGAAGCGAAGGCACGGCAAGAAGAAGCUGCCAAGAAAGAAGCAGAGGACAGAGCCAGACAGGAGGCCGCUGCAAGGAAAGCUUCUGAAGUGAAGACACGGCAAGAAAAAGCUGCCAAGAAAGAGGCUGAAGAGAAGAAACGGCAAGAAGAAGCCGCCAAGAAAGAAGCAGAGGAGAGAGCCCUAAAGGAGGCAGCAGCGAAAAGGGAGGCUGAAGAGAUAAAACAGCACCAAGAAGCCGCCAAGAAAGAAGCAGAGGAGAGAGCCCGAAAGGAGGCAGCGGCGAAAAGGGAGGCCGAAGAGAAGAAACGACAAGAAGCUGCCAAGAAAGAAGCAGAAGAUAGAGCCAGAAAGGAGGCAGCAGUAGCAGCAAAAAGGGCAGCCGAAGAGAAGAAACGACAAGAAGCAGCAGCGAAGAGAGAAGCAGAGGAGAGGGCCAGAAGGGAGGCUGCCGCAGCAGCAAAAAAGGCAGCCGAAGAGAAGAAACGACAAGAAGCAGCAGCGAAGAGGGAAGCAGAGGAGAGGGCCAGAAGGGAGGCAACCGCAACAGCCAAAAAGGCAGCUGAAGAGAAAAAACGGCAAGAAGAGGCAGCGAAGAAAGAAGCCGAAGGAAAUGCCAGGAAGAAGGCUGAGGCAGAGCGCCUGCGAUUGGCAGAAGCCAAGGCUAAAGCAGAGGAAGCAAGACAAAAAGCAGAGGCAGAACGACUUAGAUUGGCAGCACAGAAACCAAAACCAUCAAUUCCUGCGCCUGUCGGUAGCAACAAUCUUAGCAUCGACACAGACCCCGCCGCCUCGGCCAUGGCAACAUCGACAGCUCCAACCUCUGCCAACGGCUUCAUCACUCCAACAAAUCGUCCUACGAGUCUUCACCUUGGCCUCAGCACAGGAAGCAGUGCAGCAUCAAAUCGAUCAGCUCUAAAACUGCGUGGGGAGGCAGCUCUGGGGGCGCUAAAGUCCACUCCCAGGAACAAACAAGUUGACCUAGAAGAACGAAGACGACUCAUUGAAGCAGGGCGUCGUCUUCUAGCCAAGUCUCGCGCAAAAAACACUACCUCACCAAGCUCUGCCUCGUCAAUGACAAAAGGAGCGUCAACUGGUCAGCCAACCAGUGUUACCAGCGCUGGUACCAGUCCAAUCAUCGGGUCUCCAACCCCACCAAAGGUUUCAUCGGCCACAGCCAGCACAUCGUCUUCGGCAACCUCUUCGUUCUUUGGAUUCUCAAAGACACCAGCUCCUCCUCCACCGCCGCCGCCCAAGGUCACACCCGCCACAGUGGCACCGCCGCCACUGCCACCGAAAGCGGCGCAACUUAUGAGCAAAUCGUCGAAAGGAUUCACGGUACCCCCAUCUGCUCCUCCACCUCCCCGUGCACCCCCGAUCAAGAAAGCUGCAGCUCCGUCUACUUCUAGCAGGUGGACGGAUGCCUUUGGGUUCAGUCCAGCGCAGGCUUCGAAUCCAGCCGCUUCUGUUGCACCCCCACCUCCUCCACCAGCCCCGGUUCCUGCACCCCAACCGCCGCCUCGGCCUCAGGCAAGUGCUCUCCCAUCUUGUCCUCGUCCGGGCGCUACUCAGGCUCCUAUGGCACUAGCAUCGCAGGCCAAAGUUCCAAGCUCAAGUCCUCCUCUUUCUACUUCUCUUAUUGCGCCUGCUGAAACGUCACAGAGGCAAGUUGACGAGGAAAAAGAGAGUGGCUGGGACUUUGAUGCGGAUGGCCUGGAUGGCUCUGGUUCAGCAUCAAAUCGAGCUCCCUCACUGAUCUCCUCUAAACCAAAGGGUCAAGUGUCAGAACCAAAGCCCAGCGAAAAACAAGGAGAUUGGGGCUGGGGAGCUGAAGAUGACGGUCUUGGUGACUUGGACAAUGUUGACCCAUCUCCUCCAGUUGCUCCAUUGCCACCUCCUGCUCAAGCGAAAGCACCGCUCGAGCCUCCUGCCCCAGUUCCCAUGUCAUUUAAUGUCGAAGUUCACGUGGAAGCCACUGCAAAUGAGGGUGGGGACUGGGGCUGGGGCGCUGAUGACGACGAUGGCCUGGGAGACUUAGAUGAAGAGACAGCACAGACUGCAUCAGCUCUACCCCCACCGCCUCCAAAUCCUCCGGCACCCACGCGGGCAGUUCCACCUCCUCUGGCACCAGCACCGGCUAUUACCAACACUGAAUCAGCACAACAGCUAGAUGCCAGGGAUAACCAGGGUGGAGACUGGGGUUGGGGAGCCGAAGACGAUGGGCUUGGAGACUUGGAUGAAGAAUCAAAUCGAACGCCUCUGGUCCAUGUUCCUCCACGGCCAGCUCCCACCAUUUUGAACGUCGAUAGUGCCAAAGAUUCGGGCUGGGGACCUGAAGAUGACGGCCUUGCAGAUCUGGAUGAUGACCCAGUACAAACCACAAUGGCUAACCCUGUCACUGUACCUGUGCAGACCACGACGGCAGGGAGUGAAAGUCAGGGAGAUUGGGGCUGGGGAGCUGAGGAUGACGGUCUUGGGGACCUAGGAGACGAAACACCACUAGCCCCUCUUGUUGCACCGAAAGUGCCAGUGCCAGCUUCAAGCAUGGCAACUUCACAAGCGAACCCAGAAUCUGGUUGGGGUGAUGAUGACGCCCUUGGAGACCUUGAUGGCUCUGAAGGAGGUGGUGGUUGGGGAUUUGAGGAUGACAAUAUUUCCAGUCAUCCAGUAGCAGCACCCAAUAACGAAGAAGCAACUGGAGUGGAUGCUAGCCAAGGAGGUGUCACAAGACUAGAAGCCAAUGACGACGAUGAUGGUGGAUGGGAUUUUGAUGACUUCUAG